AUGUUUAUAAUUACAGGAGUUGUGUACGAAAAAGAAACGAGGCUGAAAGAAAUCAUGAGAAUAAUGGGCUUGAAAAACUCAGUCCACUGGAUUGCCACCUUCAUCACAUCUUUCACCAUAUUCUUCGCUUCAUCUCUCAUGCUCGCGAUUAUUUUAAAGUUCGCUGCGGCUGUGGCGGCUAUUGUGUUUUUUGUUACUUAUUUACCAUUUGUGACUUACCAGGCAUUUGCGGCUUCUUUGACCAGUUUAGCUGCCAAACUAUUGAUGAGCUUACUGUCUAAUGUCUGUUUUGGGUUUAUAUGUAUGUAUAUUUUGGGUUACGAGUUGCAAGGUAUCGGUGCAAGACUUAGCCCGUUUAUGAACGACUCUGCCAACUUGGGCUAUUUUGUUAUGAUGUUAUACGUCGAUGCGUUUCUUUACCUCGUACUCGCUUUGUACAUUGAACAAGUAUGUCCUGGUCGUUAUGGCAUCCCAAAAAAGUGUUGUUUUAUCUGUAUGAAGUCGACUUACAAAAAAGGAUCAUUCGAUGAGCAUGAUUCGGAGUUUGACCCCAAGUUCAAAAUUGAGGGAGAGAAUUUUGAAACGGAGCCAGAUGAUCUGCCGAUUGGAGAUAAUCAAGAAAUGUCAAUCAUUGUUAAAUUUGGAUCUAGAAUUUUAAUCGACAUUUUUAUGUUCAGAAUGAACAAACUUCAGCAGUUUACGUGCAUUUUAGCCCAACUGUGGAAAACUUACGGAACUGGGAAGAAAGUAGCCGUAAAAGGACUGAGUUUGAACUUCUACGAGAACCAGAUCACCUCAUUUCUGGGUCACAACGGAGCAGGAAAGACGACAACAAUGUCAAUCAUCACUGGGCUCUUUCCUCCGUCUAGAGGCACUGUGUAUAUCAAUGGGAUGGACGUGAGAAAGGCUCAGAAACAGAUCAGAAGAAGCAUAGGAAUGUGUCCUCAAUACAAUGUGCUGUUCGACAAACUGACAGUGCUGGAACACAUGCAGUUCUACGGCAAGCUAAGGGGGAAGUCGCCUGAAGACAUAGAGCGCAUGGCCAUAGCACUCCUGUUCGACCUCAGUCUGACUCAUAAGGCCAGCGACUACAGCAAGAACUUGUCCGGAGGCAUGAAACGAAAGUUGUCAGUUGCCAUUUCGUUCAUCGGAGACAACAAAACAGUCAUCUUAGACGAACCAACAGCAGGCGUGGAUCCACAUAGCAGAAGGGGCAUCUGGGAACUACUCACAAAGUACAAAGAGGGAAGAACUAUUAUUCUCAGCACUCAUUUCAUGGACGAGGCUGAUGUGUUGGGAGAUAGAAUUGCUAUUAUAUCAGAUGGACAGUUGAUUUGUUCAGGUUCAUCCCUGUUCUUGAGACGUAAAUUUGGCGAUGGAUACCAACUUGUUCUGGCGAGAGACGAUCGAUACGAUGACAGAGACAAGAACAGUAAUGGCUAUCAAUAUUUUGUCACAUCUAAUAGGUCACAGAAACAAGAAGAAAAUCCAUAUGAGUCAGGGAUAAAAUCUGAGGAUAGUUUCAAAAAACUUGAACGAAUACGGAGGAAUCACGAAAAAGCAGCUGAAAAGCUGACAGAAUUUGUCCAGCGUAUUUUUCCUCAAGCGACUUUAACUAAGACCGUCGGAGUUGAAAUAACUUUUACGCUACCUUAUGAAGGUCUCUCAUCAGGAAAAUUUCUUCAGUUACUCGAUGCAUUGGAAGCAAAUAAAAAGCAGUUGGGAAUUACUGACUAUGGAUUAUCAGACACUACGCUUGAGGAUAUUUUCAUUAAGGUAGCGGAUACUCAACCUGCAGAUGGCGAAGUUUUCUAUGAAAAGAAAUGGUUCUAUCAUUGUUUGUGUGGUUGUUUUUGUGGUUGCUGUGCUUGUGGUAAAAAAUUGUGUUUCAAGAAAAUUGAAGCGGAACCCGAACAGGAUACGGUAGUUGUGAAGGAAAGAACAGAUGAGCAAAAAACUGAGGCUCCAAUCACUACACAGCCUAGAUCCUCAAUUGAGGAAAAUCUAGACCCAAAAAGGAAAUCACAAGCUAUACCUGAUGACGAGUCGGGAGUAAGCGUGGGAGCGGGAGGCAAUGUCGCGUUUCGUAAAGCAACCAGACCUCAAGCGGUAACUUUCGCGGAACGAAAUACGCCUAAGUUAACUGGAACUAAGUUGAGAAACCAGCAGUUCGCUGCUCUAUUGGUGAAGAGAUGGCACCAUACUAGAAAAGAUCAGCGAGCUUUUUUCUCACAAAUCAUUUUGCCGGCAAUUUUUAUAAUGUUAGCGAUGUUGUUCGCCAUGCUGAUGCCUAGCAGCAGUGACCAACCAUCUUUAGAACUGCAAGUCUAUAUGUAUGGAGAUGGUCUUUACAUGAUUGUUACUGAUACCAGUAACGGCGAUCCAGUUAUGGGAGAACUGGUAAAAGAGUUGGAGAAACCACCGCAUCAUGGUACCAGAUGUCUGGGUACGUCUGAAAUUGACGGUCGUAAGUGCAUAAAAAGCCCGCAGCCUGAUUUUUCAAAGCCAAAAAUGCCUAAAUUCCUGCAACUCUACGACCCGUAUUCUUGGUGGCCAAGUCCGCAGUGCCACUGCGAAUCUGGGUACCCAGACUGUAUGGCAAUGGCGGGAGGUGCCGUACCUCCUCGAAAAAUUCUGGACACAACUGAGAAGCUACAAAAUAUGACCAGCAGAAAUGUAACUGACUACACCCUGAAAACAAGACUGGACUACAAAAUGAAAAGACUUUAUGGGUACGAAUUUCAAGGCGAAAGACGAGAUUUUGAGGUUGAUUCGGCGAAAAUGUACCGAGCAUCAAAAGCUGUAGAGAAGUUUCUGAAAAAUAAUAAGACUAGUACGCCCAAUGAAUUUGGUUUCAGCUUGUAUAACGUGGUCAAAGACUUGAACUUGAUCUUCAACGAUACAUUAGCCGAGAAAAAUAUUAUGAUUUGGUGGAACAAUAAUGCAAUUCACGGUAUACCUGCAGUGAUGAACGGUUUGAACAACUUGAUUUUACGAAGUGUAAUUCCUGAUGAGAAAGCGAGAAAAGACUAUGGAAUAGUAGCGUACUCUCAUCCUUGGAAAGUAACCUCAGAGCAAGUUUUGGAGAAAUUUGUCGAAGGUUUGAUAAAAGAUGUUAUAGUUGCUUUAUUCGUUAUAUUUGCGUUGGGAUUUAUUCCCGCUAGUUUCGUCCUGUUCCUGAUUGAAGAGCGAGUUAGUAAAUCUAAACAUUUGCAGUAUGUUAGUGGGGUUAACCCUAAUAUUUACUGGUUUAGUACAUUUACCUGGGAUUACUUAAAUUACCUGAUUUCGGUCCUGAUUGUUAUUCUUAUUUUUAUAGCGUUUGAUCAAGAACCAUACAUCGCUGGCAUGCAGUUUCCAUGUUUAUUGUUGUUGUUUCUACUAUACGGUUGGUCGAUCACACCUUUAAUGUACCCAAUAAGUUACCUUUUCAAGGUUCCAAGCACAGCAUAUGUGAUUCUUAUUUUGUUUAAUGGUUUUGUAGGCAUUAUAACAACGGUUACAACUUAUAUGCUGGAACUCUUUCCCGAUAUGGCGGACACAAAUGUAGCUUUGAAGGCAAUUUUUCUUAUUUUCCCACAAUACUGUUUGGGAAGGGGUUUGUUCAACAUGAUAGUAGAAUAUAAAAUUGCGAUAACGGUCAGCGAAAUAGGAGAUUACAACCAAAGAAAUCCAUUGGCCUUUGGAGUUGCCGGUUUGCAUUUGAUGUGUUUGGCAAUUCAGGGUUUCGUUUUCUUUGCGUGCAUUAUUGGAAUUGAACAUCAUUAUGUUGUAAGAAGAGCGUUAGUGUUAAAGAAACGAAAACAAUUGGAACAAAAACUGCGAGCUCGGAGAGGAAGUACUGUAAGGUUCAGUCAAUUAGAUGAUGAAGACGUUUAUGAAAUUAAGCAGAUUGAGUCAGAUGUUAAAACCGAACAACAAAAAGUAUUAGCCGGUCAAUUCAAUAAAGAACCAGUUAUUGUUCGUCAAUUACGCAAAGAAUACAAAUCGGGCAAAGGAAAAUUUCUUGCUGUGAAAAAUUUAACAUUUCACGUCCCGAAAAACUCUUGCUUCGGUUUGUUGGGAAUUAAUGGCGCGGGAAAAACGACAACAUUCACAAUGUUGACAGGAGAUGUUUUGCCUUCGGGGGGUCAAGCGAUAGUAGGCGGCUAUGAUGUAGUUACACAUGUAAAUGAAUCAAGAAAGAAGCUCGGCUUUUGUCCCCAAUUUGACGCUUUGGAUAAUUUUUUGACAGUCAAAGAACACUUAAUGCUCUAUGCUCGUUUGAGAGGAAUUGAAAGAAAGUUUCUGAACUUCGUAACCGAUAGUGUAAUUGAAAAAAUGGGGCUAAUAAAGUACAGUGAGAGACAAGCAGGUACGCUAAGUGGGGGUAACAAGAGAAAGUUGUCGACUGCUAUUGCACUGGUGGGCGACCCCCAGAUCAUUUUCCUCGAUGAACCGACGGCUGGCAUGGACCCAAAAGCGAGAAGGUUCCUCUGGCAAUGCAUACAUGACGCAGUGGUAGAAGGCAGAUCCAUAGUGCUAACAUCUCACUCGAUGGAGGAGUGCGAAGCCCUGUGCACUCGAUUGGCCAUAAUGGUCAACGGUCAAUUUAAAUGUCUAGGCUCAACUCAACAUAUCAAAACGAAAUACGGCAGUGGAUAUGUAGUUACCGUCAAAAUGAAAGUAGGCCUCGGGGAUACAGUCGAACGAUUUUUCCUGCAGAAAUAUCCAGAAUCUGAAGUGAAAGAACGUCUCCCAGGGUUGGUGGUGUUUCAAGUACCGCAAGACCACGCAGUUGUUGCAGAUUUAUUCCGAGUCUUGGAGGCGGGUAAGAAGACAAAAGUGAAGUACGAUAAUAAUAUGGAAUCAGAAAUACUAGUCGAUGAUUACUCAAUUAAUCAAACUAGCUUGGAUCAAGUUUUCAUAAAUUUCGCUGGCGAACAAUCGGAUGAUCCGUUGCGUGAAAUGAAAAGUCAAGCAGCUCUUACAAAAAUCUAUUCACGACGCUUUUCGAAGAAUGCGUUCCAGCGAGCGACGUCGAAGAGCAUUUUGAUUCCGAACCGAGGCUUAGAAGAUGUUUCGGAACGAACGACUGCCGAAAGUGAUUCGGAAAGGCCGGCGAGGUUUUCAAAGUACUCGGGUCAAGUGGAUUCAGAAGACCCGGAACGCAACGAUAACGACGGAACUGUAACGUCGAAUCGACUAAGCACCCGAAGGUCUAAGAACCCGCGUACGAGUUCUAGAAGGCCUGGAGAUACGUCAAUAGAGGAAGAACGGGAACAGAUAACAGACGAUCAAGGCGAUAUAGAUGCAGGUCGGCUCUCCGCGGCCGUAGCUCCGACAGCUGCGAUGUCCGCGGGUAGCAGCGCGGGAACAGCGCGAUAUUCGGAAUCUAGAGAUCGACCACCGAGAAAGAAGACCCAGUCGUUUUAUAGGCCAUUCAUGGCGGCGCCAACAAAUCCAGAAGCAAGAAAGUCGAUGCAAGGGACAACACGAACAACGCAGAGCUUGGAUCUUAAAAGGCAAAUCAGAGACUCCGUUGCAAAAGGUGAUUCUAUAGCUACUGGAUCAGCCCAGAGUGGAGUUUCAGGGGCUGAAGGGGCCGUGAACAGCAGUGGAGAACCGAAGAAGAGGAAGAUACGCAGGAGGAGAACCAAUGCAAUAUAGAUAAUCAGUAUUGACAUUACAAAAGAGAACAUUUGAAAGGAAUCAGUUUUUGAGGAACUGAUUUUCUCAGCUGAAGGAAAUCGAGCUUAAUAUUCAGGCUGAACAUUCGAAAAAAAAUCUAACGAGAAGAACUAUCGGAAUAUAAAGAGGACAAAGUUCACAGUCUGUCAAACAGCAUAUUUAAUCAGCUGCAAGAAACUCGAAAUAAAGUUAAAAACGAUUUCAAUGUUAGUUAGUAAAAAAAACUUGCUAGAAAAGAGUCUUUUGUAAGUAUACUAAAUGAGAUUAGAUGUUUAGUUUUGCCUUUGUAAUUAUGUAAAAUGUUUUUGAAGUUGAGGAUGUUUUGAACAUUACUAGCACAAAAUUGUUAACAACAGCUCGUGUGUACAUUUAAUUUAAAGAGAGCCAUAAAAAUAAAUUUAUGCUUAAAUUAUGUA